AGCAAAGGAGCUGACUUCAAUGGCUCUCUAAUAGCACCCAGCCCUGCCCAGACAGUAGCUGGCCCAGUAAAUCCUAAACUCUGCAUACAGCUCCCAGGGCUCUGGUAAGACCCCAGCUGACCUAAAUCUCACAUGUUAUGAGCAGCCAUAAAUGCGUGUUUUUUUCUAAAGCAAUGCCAAUUUUUCUUUUGUGGUAUAUAACUAAAACCCCCUUUAGGGCAUUUAAUACAAAUGGCACUGAAAGAGGAAGAAGUCUGCUUUUGAUUUCCUUUUUCUUUUUAUAUGGGUUAUCUCAGAGGUUUUACAUUUAUUGUUAUUAUGGUUAGCAUCUAUUUCUUUCUAUUACAAAGAACUGCCUCUCCUUAAAAAAGCCUUGAGAUCUUUAAUUAUAUGCAGGCAUCUAAACAGUCAAGUUUGUAUUAUUAGCAUCAUGAAACAUACUGAAUCUGUGCUGUUAAUAUAAACAGAAUCAGAACCGUAGAAUCAUUAAGUUUGGAAAAAACCUCUAAGACCACCAAGUCCAACCCCAACCCACCCCCACCACAUCCCUCAGUGCCACAUCUCCAUGGUUCUGGAACACCUCCAGGGAUGGCCACUCCCUGGGCAGCUGUGCCAUUGCCUCACUACCCUUUCUGAGAAGAUAUUUUUCCUGAUAUUCAGCCUGAACCUUCCCUCGUGUAACUUGAGGCCAUUAACUCUUGUCCUAGAAGAACACAACAGUGUACCAAAGAUGAACUCAUACUGAGCUUUGUUACCCAUCUUCUCAAAAUACCACGGUUGCUGUCAUGAGAAGGAGUUUGUUGGAUGGAAUGUGAAAGAAGACCAAUUACUGGGCUUCAAUCUCCUGUCAUGCUACCAAUACUGCUGAGAGCACUCAAUAAAUACUGAACACUUACAGUAUUAAAAGACAAAUAUCCAGGUUGGGUAUCAGGAAGAAUUUAUUCUCCAAAAAGGUGGUAAUGCAUUGGCACUGCUGCACGGGGAGUGGUGGAGUCACUGUCCCUGGGGGUGUUCAAGAACCAUGGAGAUGUGGCACAGAGGGACGUGGUUGUGGGGCAGUACUGGUGACAGAGGGACUGUUGGACUGGAUGACCUUAGUGGUCUUUUCCAGCCUUAAUGAUGCUGUGUGAUUCCGUGAUUCUGUGAAAGCUCAGUGUCUGGAUGCCUUUGGGCUUGGGGAGCUAUUUCAGCUCCUGGGAACCUCGCAGCGACAAUUUACAUAAGCAAAUGUCAUAUGCCAUAAAAUAUAUCCCAAAUUAUACAGUUGCAACAUAUGUAUUGCAUAUAAGCUAUGAUAAUUAGGUGCAGUAUAUGUGUAUAAAUUAUAUCCUGCAUUUUUAAAUUGCCUUCCCAUACCACGAAUGGGGCUGCAAAUCAGGGUGCUUGGGUGCUCCUCUGAAGCGGUGACUGAAAGAUCUGAUCUUCCUGGUGAGGCUUCAAGGGCUCACCUGGAUCCUAAGAGCCAAGUGUGGAUUUGGGACAGCGCGGACAGGUCAUUCAUCCAGAAUGCCCGAGGAAAGUUCGCCAAAGCGGAGUCCUCAAAACAUCCCAUACAAGGACCUGCCCCACAUCGUCAACGCUGAUGGGCAGCACCUCUUCUGCAGGUACUGGAAGCCAGCAGCAGCUGCCAGGGCCCUCGUGUUUAUCGCUCAUGGCGCUGGGGAACACUGCGGCCGUUAUGAUGACUUGGCCCAGAGGCUGACAGAACUUAACUUGUUUGUAUUUGCCCAUGACCAUGUUGGCCAUGGGCAGAGUGAGGGGGAUCGGAUGGUUGUCUCAGAUUUCCACGUCUUCAUCAGGGACAGCUUGCAGCACAUUGAUCUCAUGAAAAAGGAUCAUCCAGGGCUGCCCAUCCUCAUCCUGGGGCACUCCAUGGGGGGAGCCAUCUCCAUUCUGACAGCCAGUGAGAGACCCGGUGACUUUUCAGGCAUGCUGCUAAUCUCUCCUCUGGUGGUUGCGAGCCCAGAAGUUGCCACUCCCAUCAAGGUUUUUGCAGCAAAAGUACUCAACCUCGUGCUUCCAAACUUGUCGCUGGGAUCCAUAGAUCCAAGUGCAAUUUCCCGGAACAAGAAGGAGAUGGAAUCCUACACAUCCGACCCCCUGGUCUACCACGGUGGCAUGAAGGUCUCCUUUGUCAUCCAGCUGAUGAAUGCCAUCACCAGAAUCGAGCGAGCUCUGCCCAAGCUGACUUUGCCCAUCCUGGUGCUGCACGGCUCUUCUGACAAGCUCUGUGAUAUCAAAGGCUCCUAUUUACUGAUGGACACGGUGCAGAGCCAGGACAAAACACUGAAGGUGUAUGAGGAAGCCUACCACGCGCUGCACAAAGAGCUGCCUGAGGUCACCACCUCCGUCUUCACAGAAAUACUGACGUGGGUCAGCCAGAAGGUUUCAGCAGCUGGAGAAACCAGCCAGACCUAAGAGCAAUCCUUUCUGCAGCUCUUACUGGGGUUUUCUGGGAAUAGAAGCUUUCUGUAAUAGAAUUCUCUCUGGAAAAGAUCUAGCGUGGAGGGACUCGUGGGAUAUUUUGCCAUGCACAGUGUAAGGGGUGGGGGAAGAGGCACAGGGUGGGUGUUACUCACUGGUGUAGAUGACCCUUGUCAUAAUCUGAGGAAGCACUGACAGCUGUGGGAGCGGCCCCCAAAGCCUUCCAGGUUGGGUAAUUUUACUGAGAUUCCCCUCACUCACGGAGCUUCCUCCAUCACUUCCUCUUCUCUGCUUUCGCGGGGGCGGCGGGGGUGUAUUUAUACUGCAAUAAUUUUUUGGUAUGUUAAAGAAGCCAGUAUCUUCCACUUUGCAGUUUCGAUUCCCUGUCCCCACCACCCGGUCCCUUCCCAGCCCUGGCAGAGGAGCGGACGAGCGUAGACUCAAACCCACGCAGCGCAUUUGCAAACCAGGCUAUUCCCAAUGCCAAACCCCAUCGCCUCUGCAAGAUGAACUAUUCUGUAAAUAGUUGUAGGGGCUGCUUUUUUUCCCUUCUUUCCUUUUUUUUUUUCCUUUUUCCUUUCCCUCUUGGAAUUAAUCAUUUGCGCUACUGAAACUGAAAAAGCAGAGUUAUAUGAGAAUAUAGUAAUAUAAUAUAUGAUGUAUAUAGAGGUGGCUGGGAGCUGGGGAAGAAAUGGGAGGAGAAGCUAAAAAAGGUUAAUUGUUCAUUCUCUUGGCGAGGAAUAAUGUCGUCCUAUCAGGAUCCAGCCCUCUCACCAUAACUUUACAGUCAUAACAUGUUGUUGCCCCUCCAUCAGUUGGAAAAUGUCCUGAAAAACCCGCUAUAGAGAAGCAGAGAGCAUCUGGUGGGUAGGGAUUAGCAGCGGGCAUCUUCAUGGUCCACUGCUCCAGCAGGAGACCCACCGCGUGACCCCACAUUGUGGCCAAGCUCCUGCCCACCUCCUGCCGUGUACCUGCCCCUCUCCCUCCGCUUCUGCAAAUGAGGACACGGGGCCUCUCCCACAGGGACAAACCUCAUUAUGGGGUCUGGUGCCCCUGCCCUGGGCUGGAUCCUGCCCACCAUGGGGGUCUUACCCCUCCCUCCUGCCCUUGGAGCCACUUCUGGAGAGAUCCAGGAAAGGGACCUCAGUGCAAUAGCAGGCAGAACCCAUCAACACGCCGGCGUGCAGGAUGCAUGGGUGCAGGUUGUGUCCUCACAAUCGCCCCUACGGGCCCAAGUCAGGAAAGCUCUGUUAUAGAGGUGAAUGCAAGCACUUUUCCACUUGUGUUCUCCUGCCCUUAAAGGGAGGAACCACUUGGAGUUCUCCCAGCACUGCCAACUUGUGAUUAAAACACCAUUCCUGUGCAAUUGGGUGCUCCCACCCACCCCUGCUAAACCUGCAGCCACUCUCGCACUGUUGCUUUGCUUCAAAUUCAUUUUCCCAAGCAAGGUCCCUCCGUGCCAGAUGCUGCUGGGAAAGGCACAGCAGCACCAUGGUGGGAACAAGGCUCCCCAGGAGCAGGAGCCACACGAGUGUGAUGCAGCAGUGGCAGAUGUCGCAGGGGUCAGAGCACGAUGAUGACUCGAGGGUGGGAUUUUUGAAAGCACUUUUCCCCAGGAAGUCAGGAGGAACGGAUCGAUGCCCCCAUUCUUUAUGUCCCAAAUUGACAAGCACUUUGCCAGGGAGCAGGAGGGUCAGAGCCCACUGCCUGCCCCAGGGUCUGCGGUCAGUGCCUUGCAGAGCAUGUCUCGCCCACGACACAUCUGCAGCUUGGAAGAAAGGAAAGGAAGGCAGUUAUGUGCAUCUGGGGAACUCUGUCCAGUGGUACUGGCUGCCCAAGGGAAGCUGUGAUUGAAAAUCAGGUUAGCAAGCAAAUAUGUACCUGCUGCUCCCUUACCCUGCACGUAAGCUACUUUAUAUUGACCCAGUUCAGUUUCCCCGUGCCCUGGAGGAAUCCUUCCUUCACUGACCAGAUUAGCAACGAGCAGAGCUACUGCCAAGGGAAAUGUAAUUAAGCUAUUUCCCAGCAGCAGGUACCAUGUGCAGGGAGCACAGCCGGCCUUACGAAUGUUGCUGUGCAGAGACCAGUCUGCCUUGGAGAAGAGGUGGCAUCCGUGACCGAGCAAUAGCAACGUGCAACUGCCAUCCGUGCCACCACCUGUAGCACUGGGAGACCAUUCCCCUCUGCCCACCACAUUUUCCAUGGAGCCUGUUCUUUUUGUACCACUCACCUUAGCACACUGCCAGCACAGACCCUUGGAGAUUACACUUAUUUUUCCAAGUAAUUUGUCUCUCUUGUUUUGUUGUGUCCCAGUUCAAUAAAGUACAUUUAUAUAUAUAUACAUAUAUAAAAGCAUAUAUACAUACACACGUAUUUUCAGUGGGAAACCAUAUACAAGUUUAGGAUUCUUAAAGGAAUACAAUGUAUAUUGCAACUAAUAAUAAAGUUAUGUUUUCUGAA